CGAAGCUAGAAAUGUUUGAUAGGUUGCUAUCGUUCAAGGUCUUACGAUUCAUGCUCGGAAGGUUCUCACAAUGGUCUGCUUACGCCGUGAUUCAUUUACUAAGGGAGUAAGUCGCUAGCAGGAUCUGGUAAAUGGUUUUUCUAGGAAAGGGCUAAAACUGGUUUUUCUAUUAAGGGCGUCUUUAUAGAAAGCUCAAUGCUGUACUUCACGAACGAACUGUAGUCCAUAAGCCACUCAUCACAGCUGUGGAUGCAAAAACGCCAGAUCUCAUGGCGUUUUAAGUGUCGAAACUUGGAUGAAAAUUAAUGGAAACUGUCAUAUUAGACAGCUAAUUCCUCGGUUAAAUUUUAUUUCCAAUGAAAAAGUCUGGAUUGAGUGCAGCCUGGAAAACUCUUGGAUACGGCUAUUUCACCCCAGUAGUGAUGAGAGUCUACUGGAGCGCCAUCUCGAGAGAAGCAUCUUACCCACGGGCAAACAGAAAUGAAAUGUCCCGUGACACACAAUGAGGGAAGAGUGCUGAGAGCGGCUCUUAAACAGCAAGGUCAGUCACAACGAGUAGGCAUGUGAAGCAGGUUUUCAGUUGUCUCAGUAUAUUGACUGCUCCUGUGAUUGAUUGUUUCUAUCUUCCACCACACAUGUGAAAACCUAUAACACAGCAGUUCUUUUCUUACGAUGUUGUGCAAUAUUUAUUUUUUUUUCUCCCAGGAUUAAUGAUACACAAGAGGAAAUUGUAAUGCUCAGCCAAAUAGGACCAUACUGAUUGCAACUAGAAGAAAGAAAGAAACUUUGGAAGUGCGUUUGGAUGGCUGAUGGGUAAUUCUCGUUUGGGAUUCAUAAACUGGCAGUUGAUUUUCUAUAUAAUUGCUCUUCUUACUGCCACAAACUGUCAGCAUAACGUUUCACAAGAACUUUUAGUCAUCUCCGGAAGACAGGCAUUGAUUCCGUGUAAUGUGUCUAUACCCGAUUACGAAAUAGCUAUUUCACUAAUCAUGUGGUUUAAAGAAGAAUCUGAGACACCAGUUUAUACUAUGGAUGCCAGAAAAGGAAAUCUUCGGAAUGCUGUUCAUUUUGUUGGAGAUCAACUUCGGCCUCGUGCCACCUUUGAUCUUUCUACUCAACCACCGUUGUUAAGAAUUGAUCCUGUCAAAGAUUCAGAUUCAGGGGUUUAUAGGUGCCGAGUGGACUUCCGUUGGUCAAGAACUAUUUACCACGAAGUCAAGCUAAAAGUUAUUAUACCUCCCAGAAGAGUGUUCAUUGUUGACCAGGACGAAGAAACGGUCGAAAGUUCAAUUGAAAGACUUCAAGAAGGGGACACUAUUGCCCUUACCUGUGUGUCUGUGGGCGGAAAGCCUCUUCCUAACGUCACCUGGUGGAAAAAUUCCAAACUGUUUGAUGAUUCCUCAAAUAUAGUUUCGAGAGAUAAAAUCAGGAAUGAGCUUGUAAUUCAGAGUUUACAAAGAAAAGACGAUUCUUCGAGUCUGACGUGUAAGUCAUCGAACAGCAAUCUGACAUUGCCUGCAAGCAGCACAGUUAUUGUAAAAAUGAUCCUUAAGCCAUUAUUCGUGAAGAUAAUUUCCCCACAUCAUCCUUUAAGUGCUGGCCAAAGAACUCAGCUCCAGUGCCAUAGUUACGGUUCUAAGCCAGCGGCUCAUAUCUCCUGGUGGCAAGGAAACAAAGAACUUACUACGUCAGCAAUAACUGCGAAAACAGAUAAUUCCACUUUCAGCAAACUGAGUUUCACCCCAUCUGUUGAAGACAACGGAAGUUACUUGUCUUGCCGAGCAGAUAAUCCGGUGAUACCAAACAGUGGCUUAGAGGACGGGCGAAUAUUGGAUAUUCAUUAUCUCCCACAAACAUCCUUGACGCCCGAGACAGAUGCAGACUUGAGAAACCUUAUCGAAGGAGAUGAAAUUUUCUUGAAAUGUGUCACAAAAGCAAACCCGGCGUUGAAGAGAUUGGAGUGGAUAAAAGAUGAUCGUGUGUUACAAAAAAAUCAAAGUGAGAAUAUCGUUAUAACCAAUGCAACUUUGGAGAUAAGGAGUUUAAAACCAAAAAACAGAGGAAGAUACCACUGUGCAGCUUAUAAUGAUGUAGGACGAGCUGAAAGUAAUAGAAUUACUCUUAACCUGAAAUUUGCUCCCAUCUGUGCCCAAAGGAAACAACAAGAAUUCAGAGUUAUGAGAAACAGCAGCGUAACACUAAAAUGCUUGGUACAUGCCAACCCUUUUGACCUUAAAUUUCAGUGGUACUUAAAAAGUUCUGCAAAUAUAGAAGAAGUGAACGGAUAUAAAGAGAAUAUGACUUUAAACACUUUGGUCUAUACUCCAUCAAAGGAUUCUGAUUAUGGAGUCAUCAUCUGUCAAGCGAGCAACAGUAUUGGUGUUCAACAAGUACCAUGUGUCUUUCACCUUCUUCCGGUAGGCAAACCCGAUUUUCUGAAAAAUUGUGUUAUUUUCGACCAGUCAACCACUGGAUUUUCUGUUCAUUGCCAGGACGGUUACAACGGAGGACUCAACCAAACUUUCCACAUGGAAGUGUAUGAAGUAACAGCAAUGGAGCAUAGACUCCUUGCUAACAUAACACAUGACACGAUACCUGUGUUUGGAAUUCAGACAUUACCGUCAGACUCGACCUUUAGUGUUGUGUUGUAUGCUUCAAAUAAUAUUGGGAGAAGUAAAUCAGUAAUUUUGAGAGCACGUACAGCCUCUGCAAAACAAGAACUGAAAGAUGAUUCAGGUGACAUCGAAGUCCGCCUGUUAGUGGCCGCAAUUGCUGGAGCUGUUGCAGUUGUUAUUAUUCUGACAGCUGCUGGGUUUAUCAUUUCCCGAUAUUAUCGGAGGCAACAGUCUCAAUUUUCAGGUCAAGUGGAAGAACCCCACAGAGAUGAGUUAUUUCCUUUGCAAGAAGUUAGUCAAUUAUCGAUUCCUGUUUCUACUGUGAGAACAAUAACUGGAUUUAGAGAAAUGGUUCCUGUAGUUGAGGAAGUAACACUGCUUAGACAAACAACAGAAGCAGAUAUCACACAGACGGAGCAAAGACCUUAACUUUGUAUUAGAUAUUGACAAAGGAUGGACCAAAAAGAAAGAAUUUAAGGAAAAUGACGAGGGAAAAAAUAAUGGUAUGCAAAAGAAGAAAUGCUCAGAAACGGAAUAACUUACCAAGAUGUCCUCUUCAUUAUACCAUUUAACAUUACUGUUUCCUUCAAACUACAUAACUGCAUCACAAACAGUGACUUAUUUCAUUUUAUACAUAUAUAUAUAUAUAUAUAUUGAGUCAAGAAAUUGAAUCACUAACCUAUAUACGAGAUUUAUAUGUAUUUUUGUAUAACUAAAUCGUACCUUUCAUAUUAUAUGUAUCAUAAAAUUCAUAUCGGUAUUAGACUUUAUCAAUUACUACCCAUGGUAGAAUUUAAGAUAAGUAAUAGUCAUUUGUAGAAAUAUCCUCCUUCCAAUAUGGGAAAAUAUUUUCAUAUAAUAGACUGAUUUUCAAUAGAAUAAAAUAUAAUUAAAUGUGUUAAUUCACUUUUGUAGUGCAUAUUG